AAUUGGUCACGUGACAUUGGAAAACCUAUUGCCGCACUGGAGUCAGAUAAUAGGAAGGCAUGCCGUGAGUGGCUAGGGUAUACGUGCAAUUACGAGAGGAAAUUGUAAAAACGGACGCACCUGCCUCGCCCUGGUCAAUAUCCAUUGUGGCUAAUGGACAGAAGAUUCUCCAUGGGAAAGUAGAAGAAGAAAUCCUUAAGAGCCCCAUCGCCAUUGGUAUGGAGCGUGCAACGUAGAACCUUGGAGCGCAUAUCAUAUUCUUGAGUUUCGCGUCACAGCAACAUCUUGGUGUUUGGCAGCGGGACCUGCGUCAAAAGCAGCGGACCAACAAACUACCAAUGGAACAUCAUGCUGGUUUCCUAACACCUCCAGCCAGUGCGAAAGCCCACGUCGAUGUAACUCCGAGGGUAGAAUACGUGUUCGUUCUUGGCAGGCACGGUGAACGAACACCGCUUACCCACUGUUCGAAUCUCGCUAAGACUAAUCCUGAAGGCUACGGUGAACUGACCAAAGCAGGCUUGAAGCAGUGCAAUAAUGUGGGCAAGGUGAUCAGGGAACGAUACCCGAAUCUUCUCAAGGGUCGGCCUGGUGAAGUACGCGCUACUUGCAGCAAGCAACCUGUGUCCCUUAAAAGUUGUCGUCGCAUGUUAGAGGGCCUGGGCUUCAAGGAUGUAAUACCUGUCGAGGAUACGACUGACUACGACAGACUUGAGACAUCGGCCUUAAUGGAAAACUAUACUUCAGUGAUGCAGGAGCGUUGCUUAGGUCAGUUCCAAACCAUUGGACAGAUAGUGGACUACGUGGUCGAGAACUCGGGGUCGCCGAAGAAGCCAGAAAAGGCGGUGGCGCAGUCCCUGGACAGUAUCGUUACGCACGUCCACAACGAACACCUCAUACCCAAGUGGGCUGAGAGUCAUUGGCAAGAGAUUAUCUGGGCCGACGACCGGCUCUUCAAAAUGUCCUUGGUUGGGGCGAAGAAACGCAUUGCGGCUUACGCCAUGACGCGCCUUCUGGAGACGCUGGAACAGAAGUUCGAGAAGAAAGGGCAGCUGCCAGAUAAGAUGCACCUGUUCACGACCUUGGACAUCGUGGUGUUCUCCUUCAUCCGGCUGCUCUGUUCGGAGUACGACAAGCGUCCACCUUUCUGCUCAGCCUUCUUUUUUGAGGUCUUCAUGGAGAACGAUGAUCCCAGAGUGCACGUCAUGUACUACACCAACACAGCACACUCGUCCAUAGUGCUGGACAAUCUCCCCAAUCCGUGUACUGUCCAUGCACUCACGCAGGAGCUUCGCAGUAUAUUGAGGAAGAUCAAGAAACGAUAGCACUUCUGGAAUGGCGACAGCCAGACAUAGAAAAUAAAUACGUAAAUAUUCCAUUA